AUGACAGCAGCAGAGGUGGAGGCCACGCCGGCAAGCAAUGGCGAAAUCAAGCCGCAUGAAGAAUACCAAUACCUGAAUCUGAUCCGGAACAUUCUACAAUCCGGAGAACAUCGCCCCGACCGGACAGGCACUGGCACACUCUCGAUCCCCUUUCCGCCUCAACAUCGAUAUACACUGUCCAAAGCAGACGGAACACUGAUCUUGCCGCUCCUCACCACCAAGCGCGUGUUCCUUCGAGCUGUCAUUGCGGAACUGCUCUGGUUUGUCGCCGCUGACACCAAUGCGAAGACUCUGCAGGACCAAAAUGUCCACAUCUGGGACGGCAACGGGUCGAGGGAGUAUCUUGACAAGCUCGGUCUCAGUCACCGCGAGGAAGGCGAUCUUGGACCCGUCUAUGGAUUUCAGUGGAGACAUUUUGGCGCUGAAUACCAGGAUUGUCACGCCGACUAUAUCGGGCAAGGCGUUGAUCAGCUGGCAGAGGUGAUAGAAAAGCUGAAGAGCAAUCCCUACGAUCGUCGCAUCAUCCUCAGUGCCUGGAACCCAGCAGACCUGAAGAAAAUGGCACUUCCGCCAUGCCAUAUGUUCGCACAAUUCUACGUGUCCUUCCCUCCGAAUGCUUGCGUCCGAGCAGAUGGGUCCAAACAAGGCACACUUCACACUCUGCUAUACCAGCGAUCGAACGACAUGGGACUCGGGGUUCCCUUCAACAUUGCAUCUUACGCAUUGCUAACGCACAUGAUCGCACGAGCAACAGAUCUUGUGCCUGGGAGUCUCACGCACACCAUGGGUGAUGCGCAUGUCUAUCUCGACCACAAGGAGGCUCUCGAGACGCAGAUCCAGCGAGAGCCCAAGGAUUUCCCAGUGCUCGUCAUACCCAAGGAGCCAAUGUGCAGCAUAGAUGGCUGGAAGGCAGAAGAUUUCCAAAUCAUUGGAUAUGAGCCGCAUAAGACGAUUGCGAUGAAGAUGAGCGUGUAG